AAAAAAAAAAGGAACCUUUAAACUAUUGCACGAACUUUAGCAAAUUUAAUGAAACAAUGAUUAUCAAAUAAUAGCGUUUAGUACGUGGCGUGUUUAUUAUUUGCACGGGACGAGUGCCUAUUAUCGUAACUAAGUGAAAACAAGGAAAGAAUAGAAGCGUUCGAACUGGAUCGACUCAAGCUUUCUAGAUUUCCUGGCCCUGUGAGGAAGAGUUACAGAGAUGUGUCACUUUGGCAACUCUACAGCAUUUGGUCUCCUCGCUUUUGACUGACACCUGGCCUGUGCUGACCACCGUCCUUUUCCAUUCCCGCCCUGCGCUCUCUCUCGUCCUGGCUCGCCCCGUUGGUGCACGCCGCACUGUGUGAGGGCCACCGAGGGGGGAGCCUGAGGGGCCGUGACACAAAACACACAAAAGCAGCCCAGUGGACUCUCACGAGCCUCCCUUUUGCUUAGCUUUUCCUCAAAGUUAUUUUUUGACCUCUUUCCUUGUGCGUGGCACCUUUUUAUUUAUUUUUUUUGACGCAACCAUUUGGUCGGGAACGAAAUUGGGAUUUUCCCUCAUACUAUGCACAUCGAUGGAUGCCGAGGGCUCACUGAUUAGCGCGCGAGUUGAGGAUCAGUCCUUCCAUGUCCGCUACAGGAUGGAAGUGUCCUGUCUUGAGCUGGCGCUGGAGGGCGAGCGCCUGUGCAAGGUGGGCGACUACAGAGCCGGCGUGUCCUUCUUCGAAGCCGCCAUCCAGGUGGGCACGGAGGACCUGCAGGUGCUCAGCGCCAUAUACAGCCAGCUGGGCAACGCUUACUUCCAUCUGCACGACUACGCCAAGGCGCUGGAGUUCCACCGGCACGACCUCACCCUAACCAGGACUAUCGGGGAUCUGCUCGGCGAAGCCAAAGCCAGCGGGAAUCUUGGAAACACGCUGAAGGUGCUGGGGAGGUUCGAUGAGGCCAUGGUGUGCUGUCAGAGGCACUUGGAUAUUGCGAGGGAUGUCAGCGACAAGGUGGGUCAGGCGAGAGCUCUCUACAACUUUGGUAAUGUGUACCACGCAAAAGGGAAAAGUAUAUGCUGGAGCGGUGCUGAGCCUGGAGAUUUUCCGGAAGACGUCAUGAUGGCCCUGAGGAAGGCGGCGGAAUAUUACGAGGAAAACUUGGGGCUUGUUCAGGAGCUCGGUGACCGGGCCGCCCAGGGUCGAACUUACGGCAACAUGGGAAACACUCACUACCUGCUUGGGAACUUUCGGAACGCUGUGGCGUCUCACGAGCAGCGUCUGCUCAUAGCGAGAGAAUUUGGCGACCGCUCCGCAGAAAGACGGGCUUACUGCAACUUGGGCAACGCUUACAUCUUCCUAGGAGAGUUUGAAGUGGCAGCAGAGCAUUAUAAGAGGACCCUGCAGCUGGCGAGGCAGCUUAAGGAUCGCGCCGUGGAAGCUCAGGCGUGCUACAGUCUGGGGAACACAUACACUCUUUUGCAGGACUACGAGAGGGCCAUCGACUACCACCUCAAACACCUCAUCAUAGCCCAGGACCUCAAUGACCGGAUCGGGGAAGGUCGAGCGUGCUGGAGUCUGGGAAAUGCUCACACUGCACUUGGUAACCACGACCAGGCCAUGCACUUUGCUGAGAAACACCUGGAGAUCUGCAAAGAGACUGGAGACAGGAGCGGUGAGCUGACGGCGCGUAUGAACGUGACAGAUCUGCAGACGGUGUUGGGCAUAAGCUACAGCACGAAUAACUCCACCCUGUCUGAGAACAGGGACAUGGACUACAACAUGCAAGGGGCGAGGCCGAGGAUGAGCAGGAGGCACAGCAUGGAGAACCUGAAGUUGAUGAAGCUCACGCCUGACAAGAUGAACGGUCAGAAGUGGAGCAGUGACAUCCUAAGCAAACAGAGCAAGCCUACCCUCACGAAGAGCUCCUCCAAGUUGUUCUUCAUCAGCCGUCUGCGUGGAAAGAAGUUUAAGCCUGGCGGAGGUUCCAGUAAAGUUCUCCAGGACGCCAGUAACACUCUGGAUAACGGAUACGCACCCUCACAGGGGGCACACAAGCGAUCCAGCCCCGACAUGCUUGGGGACGAAGGCUUCUUCGACCUCCUCAGUCGCUUCCAGAGCAACCGCAUGGACGAUCAGCGCUGCGCCGUUGGCGUGAAAGGCAGCAGGUUGUCGCUAAAUGGUGGCCCAGAGUCUCCGCCCAGGAUCAUCAGGAGAUCUGUUUCCGAGUCCGCAAACGUAUCUGGCGCUCAAGGCCGGAGGCUCGAGGACCCCUCGGGCGCCGGCGGGAGCUUACCGGGCCUUAGACUCAAUCAAAACAGCAACCAGGCCGUGUUCAGCCACCUGAUGGCCAACGCUGACAACGUCGAGCCUGAUGAGGACUUCUUUGAGAUGUUGGUCAAGUGCCAGGCACGAGUCUCACUGAAUCUCUUACGAUGUCUCCAGGGGUCCCGUUUGGACGACCAGCGCUGCGCUCCACCCCCUCCUCCUGCGCGUGGUCCCACAGUACCCGACGAGGAUUUCUUCAGCCUCAUCAUGCGCUCGCAGGCCAAGCGAAUGGAUGAGCAGCGGGUCACGUUGCCGUCCUCCUCAGCGGUGAAGGUCACCACAGACAACUCCAGCUAAACAGAGCACUUAAAACUCCACCCAAAAAUGGACUCAUCCAAAACAGCAGCUAGCAUGGAGUAAACCUCAUGGAGGAACUUUCGAUUUGCACAAGUGGUAUCAGGGACAAUUUAAAGCUCAUUUUUCUCCACUAGUCAUUAUUUCACCCGCUCUGUGUUAUUUUUAAAAAGUCCAUUUCUAUUUGUAUGUGUUGUUCUUCAUAUGAAUGUUGUGUGUCUCUUAAUUUCUCUAUUCCUUUUGUAUCAGUAGAUGGAUUCGAUGUCAUUUCUUUUUAAUUUUACAAAUGCUACUUCCACUAUGGUCUACAGAAUUAUCAAUUAAUGUACAGUGAUAGUACCCUUUUGUACUUCAUUUUUAAGAGGGAGGUUGUUGGAAUUAAAUCUCUUUCAAGGCUA